AUGAGCUUCCAUUUCACGGGCGCAGGUCGGACGAGGGCUCCCGUCACUUUGGGCGGCACCUCAACGCUAGCAGCGGACCCUGCACGCAGCGCAAGGGAGCAGCGCCUCGAACGAGAGCAGCAACGGCGCAGACAGCUCGCUUCCGUCCGUAUACAGUCACAGGCACGUCGCAUCCUCGAAUCGCGCCAAGCUAGGAAUCACUGGCAGCUCCAGGCGCGGCAGCUUUUGGAGCAACUCGAGGCCGGAUCGUUAGUGGAUGCCAAGAACCUGUCCCCGCUUGUCCUCGCCACCAGAGCCUUGCUAGUCAGCCUCGGUCCAGGGUCCCGGCAGCUGGAUCAGUCGGAUGCUGAGCUGUUUCUCCGCUGGAUCAGGCUCGUAUCGCAGUCGAUCGAUGGCACGAAACUCGUCUUUCUUCCCUUCCAGCUACCACAUCAAAACGGCCUUGUCGACAGCUGGUCGUCUCUGCUGCGCAUGGCAUGCACACAUUCCCUUCGCUUCCUCAGAAACGCAGCUGCCUUGAGAAUCCAAAAUGGAUCCGAGACAGCCUUGCCGUCCACCUUGGACGUCGAAAUUCUCUCCUUCCUCAGCCUCAUCACAGGUGUUGACGCACGAUCACCCGCCAGUUCAAUUUCGUUCGGAAAGCAACAACAGACGCUAGCAUCUUCCCUCCUGUCCCUCCUUCUGGAUCUCGGACUACAUCGCACUCUUCGCUCCCACAUUCUCUCCUUCACGGUCAAGCAAAAGGCCACAGCCUCCAGCUUGUCGUCGGCCGUAUCGCUCGCACUGGCACCCAUCCCUGCCUUUAAAGUCCAAGCCUCUCCCUCCUCGAAGCCUAGUGGAGCUCCUCGAGGUGCUUCGCUCAAAGAUGCAAUCCCAGUGGAUGAGGGGCCUGAGAAAAGCGACAUCGCGGCCAUUCACCGCAAAGCCGUGCAUUCUUUUGCCGUCCACUUCAUGACCAUCCCCGCUUUGCGCAAACGGCUCCCUUUGGCUCUGGUCACCGAGCUGGCCAGGCAGUUGCCAUUCAGUCAACUGAUUGAAUGGAUCUCCUCCUUUACCCCAAACCAUAUCAGAAUUGCGCCACCGCAAGCCGACCUCACCAUCUACGCCACAAGCCAAGACGCAAGCGAUGCAGCCCAGGCACUUUCGCAGCCGUAUUUGCUCUCCAACUUCCUAGCAUUCGGCUCGCAACGUGUCUCGUUCUUCAGUGACGGCGCAAGCCUCGCCCAGUACCUUCGCGCGCUCACCAACGCCCAAAAUUGGCUCCCUCGUUCCGCCUUUGAACCUCCAACCAGCCCGAACGCCCCCAAAUCCAACGGCGCAGCUCACAACGCUGCAGGCUCAGAGGCCGCGGAAACCUACGAGCGGCUGCGCAUUCUUGUUUCCGACAACCACUUUGCGACCAUCCUCGCCCUCUCGAAUCGCUUCCCCACUUCCACUCGCGAGUCCUUGUUCGCAUUCAUCUGCUCCACCGUCUCCACAUGGCCACUCGAUAUGCGCGAUCACGUUCUCAACCGUCUUUUGUAUUCGGCAACAGAGACGCAAGGUGCGCAGCAGUCCAAGCAGUCACGCCCCCUUGGCCCUACAGGCACCGGUCUCAUUCGAGACUUUUGGCGAGGCUAUGUGCGUGGCAGCCCGCUGGCUCGCAGCCUGGCGUCCGCACACGACAAUACGCGAGCACGCGAGAUCUUGUCGUCGCUGUCCGAUCCCGGCACCAGUCAAGAAUGGCCUGCGCUUAUCCUUGUGCUCGAGAUGAUCUCCAAGGUGCUCCUCACCCUCGGCGAUGACGAGUUCCUACCGAGCGACGAUGACAAUUUUUCGAUCAAUGGCGGUGGAGGUGCGCGGUCCAGUGCGCGCUGGCUCUCUCGCGAUGAGAUAUUGAGCAUUAGCGGUCUCUUGCGCAAUGUUGCUUUUGCCAUGUACUGGUACGAGGGCAAGGCUCCGCUUGUUAACCUCGAUGGCGGUGAAGUUGACGAUCCUCGGUCCCACGCACGCACACCGCGUGUGCCUGGCAUGCGAAUGACGCUUUUGUCGCUGCGUACGUUGGUCACUACGUUGCUUAAACAGCUGCAUGCGCGAGACUCGAGGCAUCGCUUUGCGCCUGCCGAGCACUGGCUCAUGGUGAGCCAUCUGGAUCUCAACGAUUUCAUCCGCACCGUCGUUCUCGAGGAAGAGCAGCUCAGCAGCGAGCAGCAGCAGCGGCCACAGCAGCAGCAACAACGGGAUGGAUCAGAUGCAUUUGGCACUUCUGCGGGAAAUGCAAGUGCUUCUCAGACGGCCUCAGAUCCUCCGGUCCCCGGUGGGAUCGAACGUUCUUCGGAGGGCAACGAUGAAAAUGAUGACGAUGAUGACAUGGACGUCUCCGAGGACGAAGAAGACGCCAGACAGUCGAGCCAGCCGCUGGCUCGUCUGCAGCAGUUGCGCGCUCAGGGAGGUGCUCGCAGUCGCCACCUGUCUGCACUCAACCUGGCCUUCCUCUCUCCGCGUCUGGGCAUCUUGAACAACGUGCCGUUCAUGAUCCCAUUCGACGUACGCGUGCAGAUCUUCCGUCAGUUUGUCCACAUCGACGCUGUCGAGAACGGCAUCUACACGGACCGGUACCAGCGACGACGAGCUGUGCAGAUUCGACCCCGAGGCGGGUAUCGACGGUGGUGGUCUGUUCAAGGAGUUCUUGACUUCGUUGGUGCGCGAGGCGUUUGA